AUGUUCCUUCCUUCCGCCUUGUACGCUUUGCAGAACAAUUUAUUAUAUGUCGCAUUAUCAAACCUUGAAGCUGCCACAUUUCAGGUCACGUAUCAGAUGAAGAUUCUUUCAACAGCAUCAUUCUCCGUUAUAUUGUUGGGUCGAUCGCUGAGUCGGGAUAAAUGGUUUUCCUUGAUUCUUUUAAUGAUCGGAGUUACCUUUGUGCAACUGCAGACAGUUGGCACCAUCAAAGUGUCAUCAGGGGAUAUUGGAGUCGAUAUCGGUGUGCCUGUUCAUAACUCGAGUUCAGUCGGCGCUAUGAAUUUGGAAGUUGUGCAAGAGUCGUACACGACUGGUCGAUUACUUUUAGCUACACAGAAUCCAUUGAUCGGAUUAAUCGCCGUCAUAACUUCAUGUGUAUCAUCUGGAUUCGCCGGAUGUUAUUUCGAAAAGAUUUUAAAGACCUCGGAAACAUGUAUGUGGAUUAGAAAUAUUCAACUGGGAAUCACCAGUGUUUUGUUUUCUCUUUUAGGUAUGAUCUUUCACGAUUCACAAAAUAUACGGGAAGGCGGAUUCUUUCAAGGUUAUGAUUCUCUUAUUUACAUGGUAAUAAUAAACCAAGCAUUGGGCGGUCUUCUUGUUGCAAUAGUGGUGAGGUACGCAGACAACAUUCUCAAAGGAUUUGCCACGUCAUUAUCCAUCAUUGUUUCCGGAAUCAUCAGCUUUUAUUUCUUUGAUUUUUGUCCAAACUUUCAGUUUACUAUUGGUGCUGUUAUCGUAAUGGCAUCAACAUAUUUAUAUGGGACAUCGGAAAAACAUAGUUCCGGAAAGGCAGCAUCAAAUUAA